UCUGUCCCACGCCCCUCUCUCUCACUCACACCCUCUCCUCGUCCGUCGUCUCCUCUGCACCGCCUCGUCCGCUAUUCUCCGGUGCUCCGCGCCACCUCGCCAUCCCAUACCCCGUGCCGCGCCGCCGCAGCACCGCUGCCCGGCCUCGCUGCCCCUCACACCACGCGCUCCUCUCGCCUCCACACCCUCGCCGCCACCCUUGCCACUCUGCCGCGGCCGCCUCGCUGCACCGACGCCGCAUGGCGCACCCGCUCAGCGCCGCCGCCGCCUCCGUCCCGGCGCUGCACUCGCGGCGGCCCGCGCUGCGGCCCGUGAGCCUCGUGCGGCCCUCGUCGACGACGUCGCUCUCGAGCACGAGCGCGAGCGGCAGCAGCAGCAACAACACGUCGCCCAAUCUCUCGUCGGAGUGCUCGGCGCGCCUCUCGAGCAUGUCCGACGUCUCCGCGUCGUCGGCACACACGAGCGCCGCGUCGUCGUACGCAGCGCCGUCGCCCAAGGAGGCGCGCAUGCCGAGCGUCGUGCGCACCAGCUCCGUUGACUCGGCGCGGGCGCGGCCGCGCGUGCGCAAGCAGAGCGACAGCGCCCUGCACUCGAGCAGCCGCCCGUCGAGCGUGCACAGCAGCGCCUCCGGCCACAGCGGCCACGGCCACGGCCAGCUGGCCGUGCAGCCGGGCCUUCUCUCGCCCACGCUCGCGUCCGCGCUCGGCAUCAACGUCUCGAGCUCGGCAGCGGCUUCGGGACGCAGCAGCGCGGCAGCGGCGGCCAGCAGCUCAGGUAGCGCGGCCAAGCUGCGCCCUGCGCGGCCCAUCACCGCCGACACGUGGGCACGGCGGCCCAGCCUGCCAAAUGUGCCGAGCAUGGUGAACCGCAUCUCGACGAUCAGCAUCGCCUCGUUCGAGUCGCUGCCCGAGGGUGAGCCUGUCUCGUUUGCCGCCUCGCCGCUGUCGCGCACCACGAGCGCGCACGACGAGCCGGUGAGCCCGACGUCGCCGACGUCGCCCGUGUCGAUGACGGCGCCGUCGCGCAGCGGCUCGCAUCCCGUCGGCGACAGCAGCAUGGAGAGCUGCGCGUCGGCCGGCUCGUCGACGUACUCCACCACGCGCAGUGGCCGGCCCAGUGCGCUGCGGCGCAGCCCCACGGAUCCGACGCACGUCGUGGCGAGCUACGAGGCGAUGAUGAAGAAGCGGCUGCACGUCGCCAUGGAGCUUGUCGACACGGAGCGGCUCUUCGUGGCGAGCUUGCGACUGAUCAAUGAUUCCUACUAUCAGCCUCUGAUGGCGCUGAGCAAAGGCGCGGCAGCUUCGAGCGUCGCAUCCAGCAGCUCUGCGGCACCGAUGCUCUCGCGCAAGGCGCUUGGCGAGAUCUUCUCGAACUUCGUCGACAUUCUGCACCUCAACUCUGAGCUGCUGGUUCGGCUCGACGACCGGCUCAGCGGGCGCAGUCGCUCGCCGCCCGGCUCGCGCCCGGCGUCGAUGGCCCUCGCGUCGCCGUCGGUGCCGGAGAUCAUCUUUGAUCCCGCCGCCUCGCUGAUGCCUUGGGCGGCCGAGACCGACGUCGUCGGUGACAUCCUGCUGCCGAUGGCGCCCUUCCUCAAGAUGUACUCGCUGUACGUCAAGAACUUCUCGUCGGCGCUGGCGCGCAUCGAGAGCGAACGACGGUCCAACGAUGCAUUCAGUCGCUUCCUGCGCGACACGGAGCGCGCCACCUGGGGCAAGGCUAGCGCCAGCGGCGGCUUCGGAUUCGGACUGGGCUUCCAGGCGCAUCUGCUGACUAUUGUGCAGCGCAUUCCGCGCUACAAGAUGCUCGUCGGCGACCUGCUCAAGUACACGCCUAGCAGCCACCGCGACUACGCCGAUCUGUCCAAGGCGUUCGAGGUCAUCGAGCAGGUCGCCUCAUACAUCAACGAGAACAUACGGCAGCACGAGAUGGUGCUGGUCAUGCUCGGUCUGCAGCGCUCGCUCGUCGGCCUGCCCGAGCCGCUCAUCGUGCCCGGUCGGUCGCUGCUGCUGCGCGGCGCGCUGCUCAAGGCGUGUCGCCGCAACAUUCAGCAGCGCGAGUUCUUCCUCUUCUCAGACUGCCUCGUGUACGCCAGCCCCGUCAGCGGCUCGAUCGGCAUGGAGUCGGCCUCUGCCGCAUGGCAGGCUUUCGCUCGUGGCGGCGGUCUGUACGGCGCGACAAGCGAGCCGCCGCCGAGUCCCACGUUUGGCGGCGCCACUCGGCUGCCAGCUGAGCGCACUUCGACAGGGCCAGCCGACGGCACGGCCGCUGCUGGAGCCAGCCGGACGCGCUGCACGUCUGCCGAGGCCACGCGGCCUCUCUCGAUGGCGCAGGACAGCCAGCAGCUGCAGUUCCGCGCCAAGUUCCCGCUCCAGGAGCUCACCGUCGUCGGCGUCGAGGGCGGCGGACCAGCAGCGCUGCGCUACUCCUUCGAGAUCCGCACGCCCAACAAGAGCUUCGCCGUGUACGCCGACAGCGCCGAGACGAAGGAGGCAUGGCUCUCUGCCAUCCGCGACGCACGCGACGACCUCAUGAGCGCACGGCGCACGCUGCAGGCCGACGAGAACUCGUCGGAGCUGCGGCGUGAGCGACGCCGCUCCAUGACUCGCGCCCAGUCGGCCUACGGCUUUUCGCAGCAGCAGGUCCGGCGCACGUCGGCGCCUCAAGGCGGCUGGGGUCUGCAGAGCUCGCCGUCGGCCAGCACUGAACCCGGUGAUGCUCAGGCAGGCAACCGCUUCUCCAUCGUUAGUGCCGACGGAGCGUCGAGCUCCGUGGGCGACGCACGGCCGCCUUCCUUCCCGAACAGCCUCCCGAGCGGAGCGUCGCUGGCGACGCUUCUCUCCUCGGGCGUAGGCAUGGGCCACGGCCCCUCAAACGCACCCAAAAGCGGCCUGCGCGUGCUCGAGGACUACAACGCGCCGGUGUGGGUGCCCGACUCGCACGCCGACCGGUGCAUCUGCUGCAGCGAGACGUUCGGCAUCUGGCGGCGCAAGCACCACUGCCGGCUGUGCGGGCAGGUUGUGUGCUGGUCAUGCAGCCAGCGCUCGUUCCUCAUCGCGCGCUACGACGACGGCGACACUGAUGUCGAGAAGCCCGCUCGCGCGUGCGACGCGUGCUACGACUCAGUGUUCCCAGUCGAAGAGGCACAAGCUCCCUUUGAGCGCGUCGUGUCCAGCACAAGCCAGCCACUCGAGCCGAUUGAACCGGCUGCUGACACGGGGCCCGCCGCCGCCGACGCAUCGUCCACCGUCGAGCCCACCGCAAGCGUCGCUGAAGCACCCGAGGCUGAGAGCUCCGAGGCACCAAGCCCAAGUAGCCCGCAGACUGGCGCAGCUCGCCAGUCCAUCGCCGGCGCACUCGGACGACCGCCAAUCCAGCCUCGCCUCGCAUCCCUGCCAAACUCGCCGUCAUCCGAGACCCUCGCGGAGCAAGAGGCCGGCCGGCCGAGCGAGCUCAGCGAGCUGACGCGCCGGCGCGUCAGCUCCCCGUCGUCUCGUGCUCCGGGCCCCAAGCUGCAGCGCGCCUCUGGCGCUCGCCCGGCGCUCUUCCACGGCGGCCUGGCGCCGCAAGUGCAAGCAGCGACGUCCGGCUCGGGCACGUUCCGCCUGUGCACGCCGCGCCUCACCACGCCCGAGGCAGAGCACCCGUCCGGCUGGCCCGGAGCCAUCACGCGCAUUGGCGAGGAAGGCUCGUACUUCGCCGGCGCCGACUCGUUCGAUGCCGGCGGCGAUGCUGCGCCGCCCAUGGCGCGCCCGCGCAAGAAGCCGCUGAGUGCCGCUGCUCGCCUCAGCACGGUGUACGGCGUCGCUCCGGCCAGCAUGCCGGGCGCCUGAGGCGCCCCCUAUAUCCAAGACUCCUUGACAGACUCCAUCGUUCCCGCACCCCAUCAGAUACCUGCAGCGACGCACUGCUCCCUUCACGUCCCACCGCCUCAUGACCGCGACGACGCUCUAUCUCCACACCGCUCAAUGCUAAUCGUGUUUGUGC